AUCUUCCCCUCAUAGCCUGCGCUGUGAGGGAGUGAAGGUCGAAGGGACAGCGGCUAGCGCAUUGGGUGCAGAAUACUGUCGCAUAUCGCCUCGCUUGUAUCUCCGUCCCUUAUAACUUGCAUCACCAAAGCUCCUCGGAGCUACGGCGCUCGCAAUGUCCGCAAACGUGUCUCACGAGGGGUUCUCCUCCGGGGCCGAGCUGGGCAACACUGUCCGCGAGACCCGAGUCGCCCAGGGAUCUCAGAAAGGAAAAGUGAUCGCCGUUUUCACCAGCGGUGGUGACUCGCAAGGCAUGAAUGCGGCCGUGCGUGCUGUGGUGCGCAUGGGCCUCUAUCUGGGUGCCCGAGUGUUCUUCAUUAUGGAGGGCUACCAGGGCAUGGUCGAUGGUGGCGACUCCAUAAAAGAGGCCACCUGGGUCAGCGUCUCGGGCAUUAUCCACAAGGGUGGCACAGUGAUUGGCAGUGCCCGCUGCAAGGACUUCCGUGAGCGUGCAGGCCGUCUGAAGGCCGCCAAGAACUUGGUCCAGCACAGCAUCACAAACCUGGUUGUGAUUGGUGGUGAUGGUUCCUUGACUGGAGCAAACCUUUUCCGCCAAGAGUGGUCAUCCCUGCUCGAUGAGCUGCUCCAGCAGGGCAGUAUCACCCAGGAUCAAAGGACCAGUUGCAGUCACCUCAACAUUGUGGGCAUGGUCGGUUCUAUCGACAAUGAUUUCUGCGGCACCGACAUGACGAUUGGAACUGACUCAGCGCUCCAUCGUAUCAUGGAAUCCGUCGAUGCUAUCACCACCACUGCAACGAGCCAUCGGAGGACCUUCAUCCUUGAAGUCAUGGGAAGACACUGCGGGUACCUGGCCAUUGUGGCUGCCUUGGCCAGUGAAGCCGACUUUGUGUUUAUUCCCGAGUGCCCGCCAGACAGUGAUUGGCCUGAAGUCCUUUGCAGCAAGCUGCUUCAGGAGAGAGAACACGGCCAGAGACUGAACAUCAUCAUCCUGGCUGAAGGUGCACAAGAUAGGGAAGGGAAUUCCAUCACGGCUGAGAUGGUCAGGAAGGUAGUAGUUGAUAAUCUGAAGCAGGACACUCGCAUCACAGUCCUGGGCCAUGUUCAGAGAGGCGGGAGCCCAUCUGCUUUUGACAGAAUCUUGGGCUGCCGAAUGGGUGCAGAGGCCGUCUUGGCCCUGUUUGAGGCUAAACCAGACUCUGAGGCUUGUGUCGUGUCCCUGGAUGGCAAUCAAGCUGUGCGAGUGCCACUCAUGCAGUGUGUAGAGAAAACUCAAGCUGUCGCCAAGUGCAUGGCCAACAAGGAGUGGCAGAAGGCAGUGCAGCUGCGGGGCAGGAGCUUUGAGCGGAAUGUGCAGACAUAUCGCAUGCUGACGAGGGUGAAGCCCCCAAAGUCUGUCCUGGACAAGCCUGCGUCGGAGGGCUAUCGAAUGGCGGUGAUGCACGCCGGCGCUCCGUGCUGUGGCAUGAAUGCUGCUGUCCGGUCAUUCGUUCGAAACUGCCUGACCCGUGGAGAUAUUGUUUAUGGAAUCCACGAUGGUGUUGAAGGCCUCGUUGAGGGCAACAUCCAUCCCAUGGCUUGGCAUGAUGUCGCUGGCUGGGUUGGCCAAGGUGGUGCCUUCCUUGGAACAAAGCGGACACUCCCAGGCGAAUUGAUGGAGCAAGUUGUGGCCAAGCUAAGGGAGUUCAGGAUUCAGGCACUGCUUGUCAUCGGUGGUUUCGAGGGCUACCACACAGUGCUGCAGCUUGCGGAAGGCCGGGAGCGGUACCCCGAGUUGCGCAUCCCCAUGUGUGUGAUCCCCGCCACGAUCAGCAACAAUGUCCCAGGCACAGAGUUCUCCCUGGGUGCUGACACUGCGCUUAAUGAGAUCACUGAGAUUUGCGACCGCAUCCGCCAGUCGGCUCAGGGAACCAAGCGACGUGUGUUUGUCGUGGAGACCAUGGGUGGCUACUGUGGUUACCUGGCAACACUGGCAGGGCUAGCUGGAGGUGCCGACGCAGCAUACAUCUUUGAGGAGAACUUUGGCAUCAAGGACCUCAUGAAUGAUGUGAUGCACAUGCAGGUCAAGAUGUCUGAAGGUGUCCAGCGAGGUCUCAUCCUCAGAAAUGAAAAGGCCAAUGAAAAUUACACAACAGACUUCAUCCACCGACUGUACAGUGAGGAAGGAAAAGAUGUGUUCACUGCCAGGCAAAACAUUCUGGGUCACAUGCAACAAGGUGGCACACCGUCGCCAUUUGAUCGCAAUUUUGGCACCAAGACGGCCACUCGGGCCUUCGAGUGGCUUGUGCUACAGCUGAAGGCCAACUUGCAGCCAGAUGGUACAGUGAAUGCCAUCGCUCCCGAGACUGCAUGCCUGCUGGGUCUCAUCCGGCGGCAGUACUACUUCACGCCCGUGCAGGAUCUCAAGUCGCGGACCGACUGGAAACAUCGCCUCCCCAAGAACACGUGGUGGCUCGACCUGCGGCCUUUGCUGAACAUGCUGGCAACCUCUGACCGCUACUUGCGUGAAAUGGCCGGAAAGCACCCCCUGCUUGUAGAGCAGUCGAUCUCUGAGGACAUCGAUGAAGUUGCCUACAGCAUCUAAUAAUCCUGUCCUUGCCCUGCCCAUUGUUCUAUCUUAUCCUUUAUUUCUUCCGGUUUUCCUUGGAUUGAUACCAAAGUUGGGAGCACAACGGGGUGGAAUCGCCUCUGCUCAUGGUGCUGCUGCGGUCUUGUGCAGCUACAUUUAGAAGUUCUGGUUGAUGUUGAGAUGUAUGUGCUUCCAGCUUUUGUUUCUGUCCAAAUAAGCCUGCACCUGAGCAGAAGCCUAUUUUCGGUCAACCGCUUUCGCAGAGUUCAUCUCCCUGCACAUCGGUCGGCUGAACCACUAAAGGCAAAUGUGUUUUAUGUCACUGUCACUUCCCUUUUGCAUAGUCGAGUGCAUCAGCAACACUGGAAGCAGGAACAUGGCAUCAUCACCGAGUACUACCUGUUGCUGCAGUAAUGUGGUUCUGCUGCUUUAAAAAUGUAGCAGGCAUCAAACUAAGGCAUAAGGUAAUACCUAGUUGUGGCAUGCGAGGCUGAAGGCAUUACCAAAGCGAUCAAUUGAGAACACAGCCACUAGCCAAAUGUACCAUAGCUAUAUAGGCUGCAGUUGAGUGGUGCAGCUUGUUGAAUGACAGGAUGUCUCAUGGGAACCAUGAGAAUCAUGGUGUUUCUGUUACUUUGCCUUAUUUAUUUUCAUGUCUGUCUGGCACUUAAAGAAAGCUCCACACAUGAGAUGUUGCUCAUUUUACUGCUGCAUUCAAGACAACUUCUUUUAUGUGAGUUUUUUUGUCUGUGUGUGCUUUUUACUGUAUGUCGUACUUGAAGAAACAGGUCAGACAGACGGAUCAGUGCAGAGCUGUCAGUGCCAGUUGUCCUUUACAUUUGUAGCAGCAGACGAGGCAACUACACCACACGUUAGGCUUUUGAGGCCUCUGUUGUUGCUUCCAUUGUGGUCAUAGAUAACGCCCCCCAAUCCCUUUCCCUCAUGUAUUUAUAAAGAGAACAUUAAGUAUUAUAGCGUGUUGUGUAUAGGGUAGGAAGGAAUUGUUAUCGUAUAAUUGUUUCACCUUUAAAGGUAUUUUCUGCAAUGUUACCAAAACACGUAUUGUUUUCAUUAACCAAGUGAUUAUAUUAUCACUUAUUCCUAAACUUUUCAGGAGUUCAACAUUGCUCUGUUUGCUUUUAAGUAACCUUUAGUUACUGUUUAUGUCUUUAGAAGCUUCUUUGGUUGCUGGCAUGUUGUAACUGUGACGAACAAUCUCUUUGGCCACUUUUUUAUUUUAGCACAAAACCAACUAUUACAAUGAUCCAUCUUCUUCUGGAGGCUGGAAAGUGUCUUUAAGCACUCUUACAGGGAAAUCGCUGCCUCGCGAGCUUUGUUGAAGAACAACCAUGGCACUUAGAGUGGCUGCUUGUGCAAGGCUCAGCAAAAUUAUAUCUUAUCCGUGCUCUGGAAGUUUCAGAAACAGAUUAGCAUUGCUGCAGAGAUUACUUCCAUGCCGUCAAAUUAUUAUACAGUGAAGGCUUUAUGCACUGGUUGUAUGCAUGUUUGUAACUAUUUCUGAUAGACUAUGAUGAUGGUUUACUGCUUUCUCAAAUACUGCUUUGAUGGUUUACUUUGAUGAUGGUUUACUGCUUUCUCAAAGUACAUUUUUGUCUCACUUACCAGUUUGCUUUAAGCCAGGUGUGUCCAAUAUAUAUAUAUAUAUAUAUAUAUAUAUAUAUAUAUAUAUAUAUAAAGUGUUGCAUUGUUGACAAAAUUUUAACCAUGCGUUACUUUUUUGUUUUCUUAAGAAGCCAUAAUCAUCUGUCAGAAUAAGGUAAAUUAUUGAUAUAUUAGUCAGAAAUAUAGUAUUCAAUGAUACAUGUACAUCUCAAGUUGCAUUUUGCUGCAUAAUUAGCAUUGCUUUGUCGAUGGUGCUAAGAAACAUUCUUUCUAGCUUUCUACAGAGUGCCAUCAGUGCAGUCAUAUUUAUGCAAAAGCGCUUACUUGCCAAACAGAAAAAUGAAGUGACUGAUGAACUGGUAUAGUCGCAUUAUGACAAGAGAAAAUUAGAUCGAACGAGAACUCCGGAGUUCUUGCUGUGCUUGGCCUUUCCUACAAGUUAUUGGCAAAUGUUGUUUUCAUGUUUAUUUUUUUCCGUGUGCAUCAGGGAGUCUAUAUACUAUUUUUACUCAAGCUCCAAUACAGUUGAUUCCUCAUUAUAACAAAGUUAUAUUCAACAUAAAAAUAACUUAUAUAUUCUAUAUUCGUUAUGAGCAUACAUGUACGAGGUGUGACACACAAAAAAAAGGAGACUAAGUGUGUAGCUUUAAAAAAGAGUGGAGUUGGCAACAACUGUUUUGCUGACGUCAUCCCACGCACUUCCUCUAUUCAUGCGGCCAGUUUCGACUUAACCGAUCACGCCAGUUGGGAGUGCUGCUUCAUUGAGUGAACACGUGCGACUGCAUUCUGCUGGAAAAAUGUCUAAUGUAAAAAACGAGCAGCAAAUCAACAUCAAGUUUCUUGUGAAAUUUAAGAAAUCAGCCACGGAAAAUUUUCAAAUGUUAACCGAGGCUUAUGGAGAUGAAACUUUGUCUCGUGCACGUGUGUUUGAAUGGCAUAAGCGGUCUUCAGGGGGAAGGGAUAGUGUGGAAGAUGAUGAACGUGCUGGGCGCCCAAAGUCAGCGAUUACAGUCCAAAACAUUGCCAAAUUUCGUGAUGCGAUCCGUGGUGACCGAAUAUUAAGUGUUCAUGCAAUGGCGGAGUUGGUUAACUUGGAUAGGGAAGCUGUUUGACGCAUUUUAACUGACGAAUUACACAUGAGGAAGAUCUGUGCAAAGGUUGUUCCAAAAGUUCUGUCCGAUGACCAAAAACAGUGCUGUGAAGAUGUGUGUGUUGACAUGUUAGAACGCAUUGCAAACGACGCAAAUUUGUUGGAAUUUGUUGUAACAUGUGAUGAGACGUGGAUUUUUACCUAUGACCCAGAAAGUAAGCGCAAGUCGAUGCAGUGCAAGUCUCCAGGAUCCCCGAGACUCAAAAAAAGCAUGCACGUCCAAAUCAAAAUUCAUGGCAAUGUGAAUUGCCUUCUUCGACAUUAAUGGAAUUGUAAUGGUUGAGUAGGUUCCGACUGGUCAGACUGUUAAUCAACACUACUAUGAGUAAGUACUAAAAAGACUUCGUGAAAAAAUUAGGAAAAAAAGGCCACAGUUGUGGAGUGAUGGAUGGCUGUUGCACCAGGACAAUGCACCCGCUCACCUGGCCCUAUCUGUCAAGCAGUUUCUGACACCAGCAAAAACACUACUGUGAUGGGGCAUCCUCCUUAUUCACCUGAUUUGGCUCCUUGUGACUUUCUUUUAUUUCCUAAAGUUAAAUCUUGCUUAAAGGGAACCCAUUUACCUCAGUUUAAGAGGUUCAGGCAAAAACAGAGAAUCUCCUGAAGAGCCUUCCAAAAACCUCGUUCCAGAACUGUUACCAGCAAUGGCAGCACCGAAUGCAGAAGUGUGUGAAUGCUGAAGGGGACUACUUUGAAGGUGAUAAUGUCACGGAUAACUGAUUCUGCAAGUACAAUGAUUUAUUGGACCAGUCUCGUUUCUUUUUUUGUGAGUGUCACACUUCGUAUACCCAUAACAUACCCCCAAAAAAUUUUUUAGCUUUACUCCUUUAUAUUCAAUAAUUUGUUAUAUACGCAUUUGCCUGUACAAGAACACAAUUAUGCCAAAAGAUGUAGCAUCUCAGUAUUUUUGAUCUUGAAGAAAAAAAAUGUUUUUAUCACUGACAGUGGUUUAUAUUGAUUCACUUUUUUUUAGUUCCAGAUAUGGACUGCCAGUAUGGAUGACACAUUAAAAAUGUGCCAUUAAUUACUUUUUCUUUUUUACCUAUCUCUCUAGUCCCUACCUCCUUAUUCUUCCUCUAUUUAAAUUUUUAAUCACUGCUUUUACAUUGUAGAGUGAAGUGUAACUGUGCCCUCAUAUCACCCUGUGCCACUGUGUACUGUGAUGUUUUCUUUUUCAGUACUAAUAAUGCGAGUUGUGAUGACUUCCUGUCGGUAUCUACAUUGUUAUUGUGCAUAGAGCUGCCAAUGAGCUGUGGCCAUAGUCUUUCAUGUGUCUGUGCGUGAAUCAACCCUGCGCUGGUCUAUCCAUGGUAAACAUGGCAAGCAAAGCCCAGCGAUGCUGUACCUUUAGAACCUUUUUGUUGCCCGAGGCAUUUCGUACAUAUCUUCAUUUGAUAAAUGUUUGCUACGGAAUGUUGCAUAAGUAAGGGAGUCACGUAUAAACUGCCCUUCCAGAAAACCAAAUUCAAAGAUGUGUGCCAAUCCAAGCAACUCAUACACCAGUGACAGCGAAGCUGUAUGAGGAAGUUCUCGCAGCCUUCAGAAGUCCUAGACGUCAGUUUUGCCUGUGCACAAAAUCUACCCAAGGCUUUGCAAAUGCUUCACUAGACAUGGUGCUAUACUAUAUCCUUUACUAUAUCCAAGCUUGGUACUUCUGCACAAUUCUUUAUGUCAGACGCAUGUUCCUGCGUGCUGCGUUGGCUCUGCCAGUGCCGGUGUCUGACUGCGCCUUCAGGUGGCAUGGUAGGGUAGCGUUGCUGCCUGUUCUUAGUGAUAGCUCAGCACCGGUGCUGGCACCUGGCUGCAAUUUCUCAGCAGUGCCCUGGUCAUACAGCCAUUUUGAGGCUCCGGCGCAGGCUUCAUUGCUUGUUGCUCUUUGAUUGGCAUUUGAUACCGACCAUGCUGCUGCACGCCACCAUUGGCUCUCGCCGCCGUCACAUAAAAACCAUUGUGGAACUCUCCUUAACAGCUUCGCUGUGAAGGUGGCAACUCCUUGUCAGCUGCAGUGAUGCAAGAACCAAAACACUGCCUCACCGAAAGGAACUGGUGUCACCUGUUAGUGUUAGGGCUGAACACGGCCAGUGCCAUGUCUUGCCAAAACAGUGAUGAUGCCACCAUUCUGUUGCUGGGAAAAAUCUACUUUUUUUGGUCCAGCAUCACUGCAGACAACUCACACACUUCGUUUAUUCUGAACAAAAAAGACGGGUAUCCGCUGUGGUGGCUAAGUGUAGCUGGUGUUCUGCUGCCGAGCAUGAGGUUGUGGGUUGGAUUCUCGGCAGUGGCAGCCACAUUCAGGUGGUGAUAAGAUGGAGAAAUGCUUGUAUACUGAGCUUUGUGUGCCUGUCUGAGAACCCCGGAUGAUAAAAGUUAAUUUGAAGCUUUACUUUUACAACUUUCCUCACAACCUGUGCAUUGAUUUGGUACAUUAACUUGGUAUUAGACAAAAUACACCUUAAAAUGCAAUUUCUGUGUGAAAUUUGAGCAGAGAUUAGUUUUGUUGGAAUAGCGAUUCAUACCUGUCUCCCUUAUUUAUAAAUCACUUUUAAUUAUUUUCUUGUAUUGUGUACCCAGGAGCUGCUUUCGAAUAACUGUACUCAGUCACGGUUUUACUGCUAUAUCUGUCUGUUAUAAUUUCUAGAUGCUGAUUCUUUGAAGAAUUUUGACUAUAUAGCAAAUGUGUUAUAAUGAAAAAUGUUGUGAUUACAAAAUUUGUUACUAGCCAGCGUCCUGAAGGCCCAUUGGGAGAGAGAAUUUCAUCUAUUUACGGAAUGUUCCUGAAACUUGGCAGCAUUCUUAUUUAUUUUUAGGUCAUUUUCAUUGUGAAUAACAGUGUUUUAUGUGCAUUUUGACAGUGUGCAUAUAGUUUCAUAUUUACAUACAUUUUUGUGUUUAAUCUUGCACAUAUGCCUGAUGUGGUGGCCUAGUGGCUUGGGCAUUCUGCUGUGGAGGAUAAGGCCAUGGGUUUGGUUUUCAGCAUUGGUGGCUGCAUUCUGAUAGGGACAUAAUAAUGCUAAAGCGCCUGUGCAACAAUUUUUUUAGCACCUGUUGCCCUGUAUGGUCAAAAUUAAUUUCAAGUCUCCACUGCAACUGCCUCUGUUAGCCUAGGUGCACCUUUGGCAUUAAUUGAUCUUUAUGAAUUAUGAAAUAUGGUUAAAUUUGCAUAUAAACCAAUUGCAUCUUCAAGGUAAGAUCGAUGGGAUGUAUACCUCUGCUGUAAUUGUGUGUCACUGUGUAAUAACACUUUGAGAAUGAAAAUAAAAUGUUGAACACCAA